AUGAGCUGCUGUGUGCCUGCGACGUGCCACACUGCAGCCUGCCCACCUGCAUGGGCAAGGUGUGCUUCAUCAGCAAGAGGAAGGAGGAAGGGACCAUCACCCAACACAAGGGCUGCUUCUCCCAGAACAUCUUGGAGAACUGUCACACGCCAGUGACAGAGCACUAUGGCAUGAAGUGCUGUGACUCCAGCAUGUGCAACGCUGAGCUGGAGAUCUUCCUCCAAGGAGAAGAGACCCUGGGAAAGGCAUCCUCCCUGCCCAACCUCCUCCUGAUGAUCUUCAUCCCUCUGCUCACCCUCCUCAUCCUCGUGGCGCUCAUGGCACUCUUCUGCUGGAAGGUGGCCCAGCACCGCCACAAGAAAAGCGACUUGGGAGACAUGGACCUCAUGUUGAAGGCAUCCAUGGUGGGAGACAGCACUUUGGAGGACUUGCUGAGUGAUGACUGCACGACGGGCAGCGGCUCGGGGCUGCCCUUCCUUGUCCAGAGGACGGUGGCUCGGCAGAUCACCCUCGUGGAGUGUGUGGGCAAAGGACGCUACGGUGAGGUCUGGCGAGGUGUUUGGCAUGGGGAGAGCGUGGCCGUGAAGAUCUUCUCCUCCCGGGAUGAGCAGUCGUGGUUCCGCGAGACAGAGAUCUACAACACCGUCCUCCUCCGACACGACAACAUCCUGGGCUUCAUCGCCUCCGACAUGACGUCAAGGAACUCCAGCACCCAGCUCUGGCUCAUCACCCACUACCACGAGAACGGCUCGCUCUAUGACUACCUGCAGAGGAAAGUCCUGGAUGUGGAGACCUGCCUGGGGUUGGCCUCCUCCAUCAUCUGUGGCCUCGUCCAUCUCCACGUGGAGAUCUUUGGCACCCAGGGCAAACCUGCCAUUGCCCACCGUGACCUGAAGAGCAGGAACAUCUUGGUGAAGAGCAACCGGCAGUGCUGCAUCGCAGACCUGGGCCUGGCCGUCAUGCACUCCCAGGGCAGCGACUACUUGGACAUCGGCAACAACCCCCGGGUGGGCACCAAACGUUACAUGGCCCCGGAGGUGCUGAGCGAGCAGAUCCGCACCGACUGCUUCGAGUCCUACAAGAAAACGGACAUCUGGGCCUACGGGCUGGUGCUCUGGGAGAUCACCCGGCGCACGGUGGUGAACG